AUGGAGGCGGAGUAUGGACGUUAUUUCUUGCGGAACUUUCACGCGGCUCCUUUCCCAAGGACGCUGGAGCUGCUUCAACCUUAUUCCGCGCCUGCUGAACUUCCAAAAGCGGAGGUGGCGGGAGGUCAGCUCCAAGCGAAGGUUUUCUUAGCGUCAUCGGUGCCUGAGAAGCCGAAGGUUGCGAAGACAGAUGCGAAAGAAAAACAAUUGAGCAGUGGGAGCAGGCCGAAAUCUUCCUUCAGCUUGUCGCCGCCCCCACCACCCCCGCAGUUUGCAGUGGGAGCUGAGGCAGAGGUCGUGGUCAUCGAUUCCUUAAGAGAGCCGGUCUCGCAGGCUGCUGUGACUGCACAGGAGGACUACGUGGGCAACGGUGCACUACCCUCCGAUGACGAAGAACUGUUGCUGGGCGAUGAGGGGGCCGAUGAGGGGGCCAACAUGGGUGACAAGAAGCUCAAAAGUGAUGGCGUUGACAGCGACUCCGAGCCGGAGGCCGUGUCGCCAGAGCCUCCGCCAGUGGCAUCGCCUCCCGUGUCGUCCCCACUGCGGGCGCCGCCACAAAGCGAGCCGAUGGCGUUGCUGGAGACGGCGGAGCUGGUGGAGACUCCACGGCCCACGGGCGUUGCGCCUGAGCUGUCGCCGUCUCCACCAGGUGGAGAGGCCCCGAUGCCAUCGAUGCCGGUCACUGUCCGAGAAAGCGACCUGAGCCAGAGCCUUGAGGUAGAAGUACCGCAAGAGUCCGAGGUGAAUUGGCAUGACUUGGACCAGCGGGUGGAAGAGCUUUUAAACAGGUUCUUUGAGAAUAACAGCAAUUGGCUUGCCAUCCAAGAGGCGAUCCGCACGGAAGCACAGGAGUCUUUGGUAUCGAAGGAGGUGCAGUACUUUCGAAUUCAGGUACCUUCUCCUUAUCCAGGGGUCCAGUACCGGCGGUCGAUGGACCUGGAAGACAGGUAUCGCCGUUAUGCGAAGCAGGGCCAGACCGUGGAAGGCGUCGUCGAGGCCAAUGGCGAGUGGCUUCAGAUUUCCGAGAAGGUCUUCCUUCCCAUGAAGGUGGCAGCGGUGGGCAUUAUGCAGCCCAUCACGAGGGAGGAGCGGCAGCAGGCGGUGCAGGAGGAGCAGGCAAGAAAGGCUGGAGAGAUGGAGCAGAGCCCUCAGGUCAGCGACCUCCCCAGCAUGGAGGCCGGAAGCCCCCUGCCGGACAUGGAGGUGGAGAACUCCUUUCGGCAGAACACAUUGCGGGUCACGCCGGGUUUGCCUGAAGCGAUUUGCAAAGCUCCUUUGCAGGAUCCGGGAGCGCUCAGCGAGUUCUACUCGCAGAACCCGAUCAACGCCUUCGACUCGCGUCCAGAUCGCAACCUCGUCCCCAAAGCUGGGGCGGAUGCUGGCCGUGGACGCCUCCAAGCCUGUGAGAAAUGGCAAGACAUCGUGCGACGUGGGCCUCGGGGCUUGCAGCGGCUGCGGAGCUUUUCCAAGGGCCUGGCAUAUGCGCACAGUCAGGCCUAUCGUCACGUCUGCGGCCCUGAGUGGAUCCGCACGCUGCGGGGAGAGCUCCUGGGCCGCUCCGUGGCCCUGGUCCUCUGUGGUGAGGCGCACGAGGAUGUCUUGGACCUUACCCGGAAGAAGUGCAUCAUAGAACCCGAGAAGGGCUGGCGCCCGGUGGAGGGCGACUUCACUGAUGCAGUGGCACAACUGGGCACGCCCAUGGCCACGAAGGAUUGUGGGACGCUGAAGAGUGCCAAGAGUUGGGCGGCUGAGACGGUGGACGAUGCCGAGGACAGCGAGGAGGAUGAUCUUAUUGGUGCAAAGCUUAUCUUCCAGGCUGGUGAUCGGCCGGGCGCCAAAGGGACGGCCCGCGUCUACCGCCCGAGCCAGCCUUGGCAUCGCCACAGUCCCCAUUUGAGGCCUCACCGGAGCCCGCGGCUGGGACCUCACUCGCCGCCGCCAGUGGCGACCUCGACUCCCAAGCUGCAAGUCUUUGAGUGGUCAGACUUAGACAAGGAGGCGGAGGACUUCAACAAAAGACGGCUGAAGGGAGAGGAGAUACCUGUAGAAGAGCAUGAUGCACUUAUUGCCAAAAGGAAAGAAGAGAGGCGUGCUGAAGGCAUCGAGCUCUUCGAUGAUUGGCUUCUGAGACACUUGAGCUCUUUGAAAGCAGGCCGUCGCUUGGAGAUCGUUCUGGAGGCACAUGUGCCAGCCAGCGAAGUGGAGCUCCAUGAGGAGCCUGGCAGUGAGCCGUGUCGGCCCCACGAGUGCUUGCAGUCCUUGGAGCCGGACUCGGAGGGCGACUCCGAGGAUGAGCGAGAUCCUGAUGAUGGUACAGGCACCUUCCUGGACUUCCUUCGCCGACGACUCCUGCAGCACUGGCCGAAGGGAGUGACCGGAGACCGCCGGGUGCGGCACAUUGAUCCAAGGGAUCUAGGGGACGAUGAUCACGCAGACUUGCGGCAGGCUUUCCAGGACUUGCUACAGCAGCCCCUUCCUGUGGACCCAGAGCAAAAAGAGCUGGAGCAGAUGGGUGUAGAGGAGUUUGACGCGGGACACAUGGGAGUGGUGGCCUCUCGGAAGGCACGCCGUGCGGAGCAGCGGCCAACGCCGCUGCCUUCUUGGGAGGCCUUCUUUGGAGCUGCUGCCGAGCUUUUGUACUACUCCCCUCAUGUCAAGGCAGACUACGUGCCGUUCCUCACCGGUUGCAUAGGUGCUGGACCGGCUUUGAAGGCAUUCUUCAAAGAUUUGGUCUUUGGCACCGUCCCUGAAGCCAUGAGCAGGCUUCGAUUGGAAGGUGAGCUUCGUUCCAUGGCCUGCCUGAGAUCUCUGGUCUAUCGAGAGGCUGGCGGAAAGCUUUGGCGGCGCCCAAACGAUGGGGGCUUGGUCCCGGUGCGGCGAGCACCGUUGGAGAGAUACCUGAAGGCCAAAGGCUCACAACCUCCCAGGACCUGGAUCUCUGGCCUGGCGGAACAGUUACGCUCCAAGGGCGCAGUGGACUUCGUGCAGCGCGCGGAGGACUGGUACUUUCGAUCUGUCGAUGAGCUGCUGGCGGAUCCCAAGGCCGCUGAUGCCGAUGGUGACUACUUCAUUGCCUGGUUGCGCGAAUGCCACAGAGAGGUCUAUGCGGACGUCGACAGGAGCGAUCCCAAAGAGCUUCGAAGUCUGAAGAAAGUCAGGAGUACCAGCAAUCGGUCGAAGCGCUACGACUUGGCAAGCAUUCAGAUCCCCAACGUGCAAGAGGCCUUUGAAGAGCUUGCCACCUUUGAUCCCAAGUCUGGACCCAGCAGUCGAAGACAGCGAGUGCUGGCGAAGAUGAUCAUCGACAGCUUCCAGUUGCGCUCGGUGGACUUGGCUGCCGUGCUCACCAUGGCCGAUUGCAUCCUGGAGGCCCCAGAGGGAGAAGAGGUGGUGGUUGUCCUCUAUGCUGGAGGGGUUUACUGGCGAUGGGCUUCCCAAGCGGGGCUUGGUGGGCAAAGAUGA